UUAUCUACCGUCACGUUUGGAACAGCGUCUGCACCAUAUACAGCUAUAAGAGUCAUCCAUCAAAUAGCUGAAGACACACAGAAAAAAUAUCCUAUGGCAUCCAACGUUCUCAAAAAUUAGAUAUAUGUCGACGACAUUCUCUCAGGCGAUCAUUCACAAGAGGCAGCAAUACGGAACAGUUUGCAAACUAUGCUAGUUUUAAAAUCCUCUGGCAUGGAGCUACGAAAAUGGGCUAGUAAUGACCAGGAUCUGAUGGCAACGAUACCUCUCGAGCAUCGAUGCAAGCAGACAUCCCUCAGUUGGGACAAUGCGGACACCAUCAAAACACUGGAUUUGGUAAUUCAACACUCUCAUCAGCUCACUCUACAUGGCGGCGCUCAAUUAACACUGGCUGACAUACGAUACAAAUUCUGGUUUCCCAGAGGCAGACAAGCAGUCAGGCGAAUCAUCCGGAAAUGCGUCACAUUUUUUAAGGUAGCUCCAGUCGUAGCGAAGCAAUUAAUGGGUGACUUGCCAUUACAUCGAGUCAACCCACCAACUCGUCCGUUCAUUACAACAGGAGUUGACUACACCGGUGCGAUUGAACUUCAAGCCGCGCGUGUACGAGGAUAUACUACCUACAAAGGCUAUGUAGCCAUUUUUAUAUGCUUAGCAACCAAGGCAGUCCACUUGGAAGCCGUCACUGGACUUUCAACAGAGCACUUUCUGCAAGCAUUUACGCGAUUCACCGGACGCCGAGGACAAGUUCAACAUAUGUUUAGUGAUAACGGCACAAAUUUUGUUGGCGCGAGUACAUCGCUUCACCAGCCCAUCACUUGCAAAGCAGCCCUAAAUGAAUCGACAUGCCAACAUGGGACAAGGUGGCAUUUCACACCUCCAUAUUCUCCCAAUUUUGGUGGCAUCUGGGAGGCAAACGUGAAAGCAAUGAAGCAUCAUCUUAAACGGAUCGUCGGCAGCCACAAGCAGACGUAUGAGGAGCUUACCACAGUUUUGAUCAGGAUUGAAGCAUGUUUGAACUCACGUCCACUUUGCCCGCUAACCGCCGACCCUGACGAUUUAGAAGUGCUAACUCCAGCACAUUUCUUAAUUGGUGACGCACUACUGGCACCGCCACAAGGUCGGCCGAAUAAUAAGCCUUUGCGUGAACUAUUUCUUGCACAACAACACAUGACGCGACAAUUCUGGUCCCAAUGGUCUCGUGAUUGGUUGUCACAAUUGCAAACUCGGCCUAAGUGGUGCCAAAUCAAAGAGAAUCUUAACAUCAACGACUUAGUCAUUAUAAAGGAUGAUAAUCUACCACCAGCUAAAUGGACUAUAGGCCGAGUCGUCGAACUGCACCCUGGAUCGGACUCGCUAGUCAGAGUGGUUACAUUAAGGACGAAAUCUGGCAUUCAAAAGAGGUCAAUCACAAAGCUUUGUCCACUUCCUAUUUCAACAUUAUUAUGAUCAACACACGGAUCAAGAAUAACAAGGAGCCUUCAUGCUGGACGACGCAUUGGCGGGCGGCAUGUACGGAUUAUGAGCGGAGUCACCCGGUGCUACAGCUGUCAUAACAGCGGAUUAACAUUCUACGUGUCGAUGCUAAUUGAACUCAGCUGUAUUCUUUCUAAAGGGCACUUGUAAUUUUGCGGUCAUAGCGAUAAGACGUAGUUUUUAUGUAUACAAAAAAAAUGAAUUUAAAUGGAGAAAUAAACUGAA